UCAAUCCGGAGGAAUAAGAGAUACCAGUUAAAUUAAAAAGUAUCACUGUACGACUGACACAGUAAAGAAUUUUUAUAUCAUUUAAAUAAGUUUAAUUCGUGUUAGCAGACAUCACUAUCGAAAAAGUUGUGCUCGACUCAAUUCUAUCUCUAUACCUUCACAAUAGAAGAUUUUUUUUUUUUUUUGAUUUGGCAGUUAUCAAGUGCUAUUUUUUACGAGUGUUAUAGCUCUUUAAUGAAGAGUUCAGUGAUUCAAGACCAUAACGUAAUGUACCUUUUAAUUAAUGGGAAAAACCCCUACACUCUUCCUUCCCGAAAUUCCACAAUUUAAACAACCAAUAAGCGAUGUAACUAUACAAUCAUGUAAUGUAUCGAUUUGGUACCUAUACCUCUAGAUAAAAAAAGCAAGAUACAUUUUUGAAGUAGAAAAUAUGUUAGUUGCUCGUCAAGUGUCCAUUUUUUACAAACAACAAGUGGUACGGUGCCAUCUGAUACUUUUGAUAGUAAAGAAUUGAUACCAAUUAUACGCAACACGCAACCGUAAGAAAAAAGGAUCUAUUAAAACGUUGGUUAUGCGUUUUUUAACGAUGACUGUUUAGACCAAAAACAAAGCAAGGAAAAAGGACAAGGGAAGAGACAGCAAAAGCGUGUGUGCCGCAACCCACAAAUACCAAUUUCUCAUCGAUUUUUCGACGACGACAAGUCGGUGACUCGGUGGGGGUUUCUCUAGUGCGACGGUCGUUGUUACAGAAAACAUACAUACCAGUGUAUAUCUACAACAAGUGUUGUAUCUCAUAAGAAUUUAAAAAAAAAAUCAGUGCAUUUCGAAAUAUUGACCCAUAUUGUAAUGCCAUCGCCAUUGUAGGGGAUGAUUACUGCCCAACAAAUUGUUGUCAGAUGUUUGUGCACGCAUGCAUUAGCAAUUUCUUUGUGUGAGAAAUAGUAUCCUAUAUCCAGUGAAAAUAAAUUAUGUGAUGUAAAUUAAGAAGUUGUUUUUGUUCUUUUUUUUAUUAUCUUGGAAUAAGUUUUUUUGGUUUAGAUUUAAUUUUUGUGGUAAGGGAUUGUGAAAGUGAAGUUAUUUCCGAUUUCGAAUGACAAAAAUCUGUAACAAGAUAUAGAACAAAAAAAAAACUUAUCUAGGUCGAUGUACCUUUUCUUACAAAGGCAACUAAUCAUCUGGCUUAAUAAAAAAAUUUCUUAUUUACGUGGCAGUUAAUAUAAAAUACUUACUGCAUAAUAUACGACUAAGGAAAAAUUUUACUUAAAAAUUAAAAUUUGAAGAUGCAAUUCGGACCCUUACCAUAAUCUCUUCAAAAACUGCUAUGGCAAUACUCUUCGAAAGAUUUCGUCUACAAAUACUAUACGUGAACUUAAAUUUUUAAAAGAACGUCAGGAGCGUCUGUUCAAACACAAAACUGUGCCAAGUUUCACUCAAGGAUCGUUCAAUCACUGUUCAAAUGACCCGAUUUCCACCCCAAACACAAGGUUUAUAAGAAAGAGUGGAAAACGAAACUUAGGGCAUAUAAGUUCUACUCUAACCAGUAUACCUUUUGAACAUAAUUACUCUGUACAUGGUAUUAACUGCAAUAAGGUCAUUUGGGAAGGUGUGUCUGUGGAGAAACGCACUAAAGAAGAAGAGUUCAGCAAUGACAUCGAAAACUGUUUCUUUCGUUUGGCUUCGGAAUGUUAUGAUGAAGGGUUUCUCUCUCAUAUAAAGUAUUUGAAAUCGAUUGAUGACCAUAAUUCGAUAAAGAAAACAACCAGCAAACGAAAAAACCUACGCUACAAAGCUGAAAUUUCAAAACCAAACAGUCAACCACCAUCAGUCGCGUCUAGUAUUUCGUCAAAUAAUUCUGUUGAAGAUUUAACAAAAAGCGUUUCUGUUGGAAGAUUUGCUUCUGCAGUUAAUCGAUUGAUAAAAAAUCAUCAAUUUCAACAUAAUCUUUGGCACAACAAUCAACGAGAUUUGAAGAUUUGUGUCAAUAUAACCCGUUCGAUAUCUCUUGAAAGUUUGAACUCUAACCGCAGUUCAGGUUCGAAGCCUCACGACUAUUCUACAGCUAACCUUUGUAUUAUGAGUGAAUUUUUAAAUGCAGGCGAAGCAGUGUCCAGAGAAAUUGUUGACACUAAUACUGGCAGCAACGUAAAACGGCAACACUUUCACGACUUAAUAGAAAAUUUAAACAAAUUAGAAAUAAGUGAUUCUGGUUUGUUGCCAAAAAUAACAAUAUCUUUAGCAGACGAUAACAUAAAAUCUUCACCACCGGUGAGUGAAUCAAACGAUAGAACUAUUCGAAAACAGGACAGUUUGGAAAUAGGCACACCGUUUUUAAACGACUAUUAUAGUAGCGAAGGAAGACCACCGUAAUAAAACUAUUUACAAAUAUUCUAAAGCAAAAAAAAAAAAAACAAAACAAAACAGUUGUACUGUGAAUUAUAUUAAAAUAAAAUGGUUACUGUAGAACACCUUCAUCAAAACAACUCUGCUUCACCACCUCAUGAACAGAAUACGACAACAGAACAGUCAAUUGAAAUGUCUCAAAAUCAAAUUGUAACUCAGCAGGAAGUUAAUAGCAAUGUUGAAAUAGACAGAAGCUCUGCAAAAAUAGACAAGGAAGCAGUCAAAAGUGCUGUGAGUCAACGAUCUGUAGAUUUGAAAAUUUCAAAAAAGCCAAAUUUGACUCAAGAAAUUACACGGCAAGUUAUGAAGUUAGAUUUAGUAUCAACAAAAGAUGGCGAUGAGUUGGAUAUUAUGUCACCGAAGUCACCAGUAGCAGGUGUUCGCCUAUCACAUCAGACAUCUCUAACAUCAUCAGUAGAUGUUGAAGACCGUAAAACCCUCCGUGAGGCCUUAUACCAAGGAAUAUUUCAUCGUCAUCGCAGGACUAUAUUUGCUGUUGGCAGCUUCUUGCGUAUGUUACGAAGCCGCAACUCCCAAUAUAACACAAUUCGAAGUUCAUCUGAGGGUGAAGACAUCAACGAAACUAGAUAAAAUUCAAUUUAAUUUUUUUUCAUAUUAAAAUCUCAUGUUAAUUAUUAAAUAAAAAAAUAUAUAUGUACGUCAAAAAGUUACAAAAACAAAAAAAAAAAACAUAUAUACCUAUAGUGUAACAAAUAAAAAAAAGUUACUUCUAUUCUAUUAAAAGUAAGUUCAUCUAAUAAUUUUUAUUAAAGUAUUAAUAUAUAAUUAAAUAAAUUUGAUAUGUUUCAUAAGAAAAUUACAAUUAUAGAAUAAAAUUCCUGCGUAUGUAAGUAAAAUAUAACAAAAAGAAAUAAAAUUGGGCACUGCUUUUAUAAUUUAAUUUUUAAUUAAAAUAAGUUCAAAUAUGAUUUACGAAUCAAAUAUUUUAAAGCACGAUUUUACGAUUGGCUCGAAGAGUCUUUCCAAAAAAAACAUACAU